AAAAACAGAAAAGCGGGGGAAAAAAUGGCGACGGCGACCACCCAGAAAUCAAUCUCAAAGGAACUAGAACUGGUCGAUGGAAAAAAGGCCAAACUUAAAUCAGCAUUCGAAGAGCUUCAAGCCCAUUAUUCUGUCACCAAUCUCAAUUGGGAAGACUUAGAUUCGUACUUCACCUCCCUCCAGUCCCACCUCCUCCACAAGUUCUCCCGCCUCCAAUCCCAAAAACCUGACCCGAAACCCCUGUCCCAACCACAGCCCCAGCAGCCCAAACAGAAAGAAACUCCAGCCAAGGAUUUGUCGAACCCAGUUCCGGCUCGGGCUGAAUUGAAGUCUUUCUGUGAGAAUAUGGAUGGGUUAGGGUUGAGAAAUUAUAUACUCGACCGCCCCAGAGAACGGGCUGCUAUUCGGGUCGAAUUGGCGGACGCUUGGAAGUACGCGCCGGACCCAGCUAAAAUGGUUGUCGAUGCCGUGCAGGGGUUGAUUGCGGAUGAUUCGGGUUCGGGUACGAGUGUGGACUUGGGUGGGUUGAGGAGGGUGGGCGUGGUUUUGUUAGAGGAGUUGAUGAGGGCUAAAGUGGAGAUUAGGGACGGGGUUAAGGAGAAGGCGAAGGCGAUAGCGGCUGAGUGGAAGGGGAAAUUGGCUGCCGCCAGUAGUGGUAGUGGUAGUGGUGGUGAUGGUGGAGGUGAGGAGGAUGGAUUGGAAAAGUUGUGUUUUUUGCAUAUGUUGGCUGCAUUUGGGUUAGUGGAGAAUGAUGGUUUUGACUUGAAUGAGCUGGUUGAGUAUGCUGCUGUAAUCGCGAGGUAUCGACAGGCUGUGGAGUUGUGUCGUGCCCUUAAGUUUGGCGAUAAGAUUUCUGACAUAAUUCAGAAACUUAUUGGCGAGGGCAAACAUCUUUUGGCUGUUAAGUUCAUAUUCCAAUUUGAGAUGACGGACAGGUUCCCACCGGUGCCUUUGCUGAAAACCUAUGUAUUAGAUUCAAAGAAACUUGCUCAGAAAGUUCGCAAGGAUGGAAAGAGUUCUCGUCAAUCUUUAAAUGAGGCAGCUGCAAAAGAAAUUAGCUCGCUCAAAUCAGUCAUUAGAAUUAUUGAAGAUCACAAUUUGGAAUCUCAGUAUUCAAAGGACAUCCUUCUGAAGCUUGUUGAGAAGCUAGAAAAAGAAAGGACAAGUAAGAAGCGACCUGCACCUGUCCCUGCAGUCAAAGCUCAACAACAGAAGCCCAAUGUAGGUAAGCAGAGUAGGAAGAUUGGAGCUGCUGGCCGGUCUACAUUCCAAAAGAAUGUUGCUACCAAUCCAACUGUUCCAACAGUCCAACAACCUCAUAUGCAGAUGGCAGGUUUAUUGGCAGAUCCAUACCUCAGUACAUCUGCAGCAGCCUAUGGCUUGGCAGGCUCAACUCCUGCUGUUGCCCCAUAUGGAGGCACAUCUGCUGGCAUUUAUGGGUUGCCAGGGACCCAUAUAGACCCUUCUGUAGCCGGUCUAUACCCUUCUGAAACCUCCACGCGGCCUAGUUACUAUGAUAGGUCAGUUGUUUAUGGUGGAUAUGGUUUCCCACCUCAGUACCAUCAAGCUUACUAUCCUCAGUAGUUUGCUUUUAUAGAUGGUCUCUUAAUUUCCCCUGACUUUCUCCUGUGGCUAGCACAAAAGCAUACUGCUUUUGGUGACCAGCAUUUAGCAGAUACUAUACUUGGUUCUCGAAAGUUGCUGAUAUUUCAGUGAUGGGUGGUACGCCUGAAUUAAUUUUCAGGUGUACAUCCUUUUGGCAUUUAAGAGAUCACUUACUGAUGAUCAGUGAUGCCUACCAUAUUCCCAAACUAUCUUCCAGUUCCGAUCCUUUUAGGCCACAAUCAUGUAGUUUCAUUUGCAUCCUGUGUGGCAUAAGCACAUAGUUCAUUCCCAUUCUUUUUCCCAUAAUCAUGUGGUUUCACGUUGAAAUUUGCUAAAAGAGAUUUCUGGGGUUAACCACCAUUGGAAACUGUUCCAGUUAAAUAUGUCUUUGUACCUUAAUUACAGUUUUCAUUUAGUCAGAAUAGGUCAAACCUUUUUUUAAUAUUAUUUUGUUCCUUUCU